AUGGGAAUGAAAGCCCGCUGCCAAUGCAGCAAAAUCCAAUUCACAACCCCAACAGACAAACCCCUAAAACUAUGGAUCUGCCACUGCACAGAAUGCCAACACCAAAGCUCCUCAGCCUUCGGCAUCACCGCAACAUUCCCUUAUUUCGAGCUCCCAGCAUCGCAUUCGGAGUUGGUGGGCAGCUAUACCCGUGUUACGCUCAAGGGCCGUGACAUGGAGUGCAUUUUCUGCAAGAAUUGUGGUUCGCGGCUUUUCCAUCGCUUCCGGGAUUCCGUGCCUGCACCGGGUGAACAGCCGCAUUUUUCGGCUAUUACCAAUGUCAAAGGUGGUUGUUUGGAGGAUCUUGAUAGGGAGAUGUUGAGUUCUGCUGUUCAUAUUUGGUGUCAGGAGGCCAUUGUUGAUAUUCCCGAGGGUGUGGAGAGGUGGGAGGAGGCGCCUCCUGAGCCGAAUCCGUUGGUAAACUAG